GUGCACGCGCAUACGCGUCAAUACACUCGGUGCGCAUAGUAUCUCGCGGACGCGCCGGACGUGGAUUUAUGCCGACGAGCGGUCGAAGACGAUAACUUUUUCGACAGUACCAAUACUUAUACUUAGACUACCGAACGCCGUUUUUGUCAAUAUUAUAAGUUUUUUGAAUUUUUAUUUUUUUGUUUUCGGUGUGAUCGCAGUUGUCGUAGUUCUUUAUAUAAUAUAUUCGCGAUAUUAUUUUAUAUUUGUUUACUUUUCGUUAUAUUCAAGUGCGGUGGUGAAGUGCGGCAUAUAUAUACGAGUGUGUCUUAACCCAGCAGUGCGACCGUCUUCGGCAGACUUAUAUACUUGGCGAAUAUAGUAUAUUGGCGUGUAUAUACCUACCGCGAUUGUUUACGAAAAGCCUACCGAUUACUUUUGAUUGCUGUAACAGUGAACAAAUUCGAACAUUUUUUUUUUAAAAAUUAUAAUCGGUAAACAAAUAUGACCUUGUGAAAAAUAGCUAUUGUUUUUUAUAAUUUUUCUCGGGGUGAAUGACCGUCGACGAGGACUCGCCCUUUAAUGAUCAACAGGGUAAAAAUCGAGUUCCGUCACAAUUUCUGUCAAUCCGCAGCAUCAGUGGACCAACAGCAUCAGCGCCAAGUACGGUGCAAUAUUAAAGACAACUACACAUUACGUCGCCGACGACUAAAACUGCCAUAGCCGAUACCCAACAGUCGUGGUAUUAUGCGAUUUUCGUACGCGUCGGUGUUUCAUCGGUCGAGAUGAAAUCGUCCGACGACGACAAGCACUGCGUCAGUCCUCGCGAACCACAAAUUCCAACUGAUUCUUGGAAGAGUGCUGGAUGAUAGUAUCUGUCGGGGCGGCGAAUCAAUAGAACCACCCCAACUGGAUCCCGAGUGGCUGAGGGCGGAGACCAGCGGCGACCCCGUUAUGCGGCUGUCCAACGGCAGCGAAGGGGCUACCGACUCCAUGGUUGAAAUGUUGCAGUUCAACGAGCACUUCCUGGACGAGGACGGUACCAAAUUCAUGUUGAAUCCCGCCGAGCUGGAAGACCUGCUGGGACGCGAUCAGUACGCUGCCGACGGUUCACCGAUCGCCGUGUCAGUGCAACAACAACAGCAGCAGCAACAACACCUCCACGGCGGUCAUCACCACCACGGUCAUCACCAUCAACAACCGAACGUCGUUGAUCAGCCCAACACCAAGCCAACCGCGAAUUUUGCCGACCUCAAGCCGCUGAUGCCGUUCCACACGAUCACGGAGCGCGUGAACAUCAACGGCAUACCCGGCCACCACUACCAAUCGAUCGCGUCCAACAAUCGGGUGGCUGAGAACAACAACAACACGGCCACGGCCAACAACAACAUGUACUAUCAAAACGAAUACCUGGUAACGUCGUCUACCAACGCGGGACUGACCAAGUUCAAGGAGGAGGACACGUUCGUGGAUAAUCAGUUCGACGAGUUUGAAAUGCUGAUGGGCAGUCCAUCGUUUGGGCCGGACACGACGGUGACGGCAAGCGGCGACCACCCGGCCGUGGACGGCCCCGACGAGUGGCUGAGCGUGGGCGACGACUGGGCGUCAUAUGAACAUCCGAACGGUUCGCCUCAAGACAACAAGGCUGGCAUACUUGCGGAUGUCACCAUACACGACCUGGUGGCCAGUUCCCAGUUUCCGGGCAUGACCAACGGAGGUGGCGGUGGGACAGGUAAUUAUCACCAGCAGCCACCGUCCUCCAUGCAGAAACCACUGUACCAACAGCAGCAGCAGCAGCAGCAGCCCCGUGAGCUGGUAACAUCUAACGUGCCACCGCCCGCGCCCCGCCCAGCUGCCGCGGCGUUCAUGCCACUGCUCCAGAGCCGGCUGCAGAACGGGCCGGCCAACAAAGCGCCGCUCCAAGACGCCGGCAGCUAUCACAUGGACUGCGCAUCGUCACCGUCGUCGUCCACCCCGUCGUACCUGGCGCACAGCCCGACAAGUCACGUGGUCAGCACCACAGACUUGGGCGGUUACAUGCCGUCCGCCGCGGCUGCUGCGGCGGCUGCUGCUGCUGCCGCUGCGGCCGCGUCCGUCCACAGCUCGCGACCGUCGCCCGAGUUCGCGCACACUACCACGCCUGGUCAAGGACCUCAUAUGACCACGAAAAAGUCGCGGAACAGGAGUGGCAAGGCAAAGGGCAGUGGAGGCGGCGGUGGUGGAGGUGGCGGUGGCGGAGGAGUGACCGCCCGGAGCACCGUUGUCUACUGUUCGGAUGGCAACGUGGCCAGGGAACGGACCGUCCACAACUGUCAUAUAUGCAACCGCGGGUUCCUGAACAAAAGCAACAUUAAGGUUCACCUGCGCACGCACACGGGCGAGAAGCCGUUCCGGUGCGAGGUGUGCCAGAAAGCGUUCCGGCAGAAGGCCCAUCUCAUCAAGCACGCGCAGAUCCACAAACGCAGUGGCCGGGACUGAGCCCGGCCGUCGUACGUCCACUAAGGCCACCCCGGGACGUUGGGCUGCAGCAGGUACCAACAUUAACUAUAAUACGUUACGACGACGUGAUCACUACAACAUAAAUACAAUAAUAAUAUUAAUAAUAAUAAAUUGUCCGCAUUACAACAUGAUUAUACUUAAAUGUCGCUUUCGACUUUUAGCCCGUUAGCAGCCAUGCGCGAUCGUACCACAUGAAGCGUCGUCGCGUUUAAUAAAUGCAUUUUGACCAAAGACUCUAAACAAUUCGAAUAUUAUUAUUUUAUUUUGGAUUUAUUAUUAUUAUUAUUAUUAUUAUUAUUAUUAUUAUUAUUUUAUUCGUGUCCGCAGCAACGUACGUCCGUUAGUUUUUCGACAACAGCGUACGCGAAACGCCGUUUUAUUAUUGUACCUCUAUAGUCUGUGUUAUGAAAUAUUAUGUACGUGUUGGUCUGAAUCUCGACGAUGAUGUUGUGAUGGGUGAAAACCCGCUUCGAUCUGAUAGUAUUAUUGUGUAUGACGAACAACGCGGGCAACGAUUUUAGUUUUUAAAAAAAGUACAAAAUGUAAUUUGUUCGUGAAUUAUUGUAUAUUAAUUCGUCUUAAUCAUUAUUAUUAUUCAUAUCAUCAUUAUUAUUACUUGUAUUUGAUAUUAUUAUUUUUAAUUAUUAUUUAUAUGAAUUAUGAUUAUUAUUACUAUUUUUAUUGUUGCAACUUGUAAGUAAUCCGCGAGCGUGGAUCGAGUUUUCGCACGGUCACGCGAUUAAUUUAUAUUUAUUAUUGUUUUGUUUGUUUGUUAUUUAUUCGGUGUUCUCCGGCGCUAUCGCUAAACACUACAAUUGUUUUGAAAAAACUUAAUAUUAACCUCAAACAUGGUUUUUUCGUUCUUUACUAAUUUUUUUUUCGUGUCGACCACGGAGAACACCUAUUUAUAUAUUUAUAUAUAUAUAUACAUUAUGUAAUGUAAUAAAGGUAAUGAUGUUAAUUUUAGCGUCGAGUAGUCUCUUAUAUAUAUUAUUCACUUGCAAUUUGUUUUACGAAUCACUUUACUACUUGUGCUGUUGUACAUAUGUAAGUUAUUAUAUUAUUAUUUAUCGUCGGGCGCAGUUGAAAAUCGAAAUUGGAGUAGUACGAAGUUGUUACGAUUUCUGUGCAUGCGUUUUGUAUGUAUUCCAUAUAUGUACAUAAUAUAUGUAUGUUAUAUAUGUUUCGAUUUUUAGACGACCCCAUUUUGUUUUGUACUUAUUUAUUUGUAUUUAAUUUAUUUAGUUUAUUUUUGUAUUCGUCAAAUUUUUUGUAACACCCGUAUAUACCUAUAUAUAUAUAUAUAUACUAUAUAGUGUUUAUAAUAUCUCAAUAGUAUUAAUAAUUGCUGUAAUGGUUUUAAGGUUAAAAUUGCAUAUGUUUAUCGUUUAUCUUUUUAUUGUUAGACCUACCGGUAUACAUGAUUUGUUUUUAUACAAUAAAUAAACACUAAGGACUAAUCGUCAACAGUAUCAUAUAAUAACAAGA